CACUUUACCCACCCUUCAGCCUCCCUUCUCCCCGCGCCAGUCGGGUCCCGAGGCAGAAACUCCCGCUCCCUCCCCCGUAGCGGUCGGUAGGGAGUGUUUAUCUUUCAUUUGAGAUCAGGCACACCGCGGGCAGCUCAGGAGACGGAAGGGGCAGCGAAGACCCCUCGGGCGCCGGGUGGUGGUUGACGUGUCGGUGAGGAGCGGCCGCGGCUUUGGGGAGCAUCAUGUCGAAGGUCACCUUUAAAGUGACGCUCACGUCGGACCCCCGGCUCCCCUACAAAGUGUUAAGUGUGCCUGAAAGUACACCUUUCACAGCUGUCUUGAAGUUUGCUGCAGAAGAAUUCAAAGUUCCUGCAGCAACAAGUGCCAUUAUAACAAAUGAUGGUAUAGGAAUAAACCCUGCACAAACAGCAGGAAAUGUAUUUCUAAAGCAUGGUUCAGAUCUACGGAUUAUUCCCAGAGAUCGCGUUGGGAGUUCUUAACAUCUCGCAAAUGCUUUGGAAUAAGUGACAUUGCUGUGCAGCAAAGGUCUGUUUAUUUUGGAACUCCAAAAUGCAACUAAUGAAUUGGCCUCUUUUAAAGCUAGCAAAAAUGACUUCCCAGGAUUUGAUUUUUUUUUUU